AUGCCUAAACAAGAAUUUUAUCGACAAUUAUCUAUUGAAGAAGCUACAGAUGCUAUAAUGGAUUAUGAAGAUGAUCAUUAUCAAGAAUUUUAUGAUUUAUUAUUCAAUCAAUUAUUAAUUAAUAUUAAAAAUAUACCAUUCGAAAGAAUUAUUCAAAAUAAUCUACAAUAUGGUGACGCUGUACGCAAUAAUAAGGAGGCACAUUCUCUCAUCUGGCUUUACACAGCCGAUCGAAAAUUCAUCAAUUCAAUAAAGGUCUAUUCAUUUCGUUUUGCCAAUGAUUGUCAUCCGGAAUUUUAUAGAACAUUUGAAACAAAAUCUCAUCGUCUGUUUUCACUAGUAGAACAUCCAAGACAUAAAUAUAAUGGAUGGUAUAAAUAUAUGGGACGAGAAUUGUUAAACUAUUUAGACAAAUAUUUAAAUAUUGAAAGAGUUGUUCAAAAUCAAAUUCCUCACAAAACAAAAUUAUUUAUCCAUCAAAAACAAGAACGAAUAGAUAUACAAUUUAAUUUCUAUUCGAUUGAUGAACGAAUAUCAAUCACUUUUGAACCAGGUUAUCCUGAUUUUCUUAGGACAUUCUGA